AUGGCGUCCCGAAUUCUAGACCGCAUCCCGGAAGCCCUCCACCCGCUUCUCGAACUCGCACCCUCGCAGUACUGCCAAGCCUUCUUCGGCAUCCUCGGAGGCGGGUGCAUCGCGCUCCAGAUUGUUCCUCCUCUGCAGGACGCCCUCCUCGGCUGGCCGGUGCGGCUCCUGGGCGCGGCGGGCUUGCUGACCCGCGUGCCGCACUCGUGGUUUGCGCAUUUCUACGCCGCGCUGCUCUGCUUCCAGGUCUUUUGGCUGGUCCAGUUCGUCACCGGCGGGCGGAUCCUGACGGCCAUUGCCGAGCGCGAGGUCUUGCGCGGCAAGGGAAGCGGUGGCAUGGAGUUGGGUCAGGUCGUCCUCGCGUGGGGUAUGCUGACGAUGCAAGGCGCUCGGAGGCUGUACGAGUGCUUCGUGGUCAUGAAGCCCUCCGCGUCCUCUUCCAUGUUGGCCGUGCAUUGGGUCUUGUCCUUUCUGGUCUACGCGGUCUUGAGUAUCUCGAUAUGGAUUGAGGGAUCAGAUGCCAUCCUUCACACAUCCAUGGCGGAUGCGGACCUGGCACCGCCUUUUUGGACUCUGUUUCCUUUGGUCGCCUUCUCUAUGGCGGCGCCUCGCGGAAGUAGCUUCAACGGCACACUGCUGGCCACCCUGUUCUUCGUCAUCGCCAACCUCUCGGCUACGGCCAAGAGUACUAGGAAGUGGCGCCUCGUGCGCGAAGUGGAAGAGCAACGUGGUUAG